ACACUUGGUAAUUACGCAACUUGAAGUUGGCACGCUGGCGUUCGCCGUGCUGAAUAUCAUCACCUGCUGUUUCUGGUGGAAGAAACCCCUUAAUGUGCAGCGUCCUCAUCGUGUGUAUUUCAAGGACGAGGUACAGGAACCCUGUAACAUCAAAGAAAGAGGUGAUUCCGACGAAUGGGAUACACCGAUUUACCGCGUUUUCGGACCAUUUUUUGGCAUGCUGGGCGGCCUCGUCGACCAUAAAGAUGACCUGAAACUUUAUUACGAGCCUCUUCGGGUUCCCACAUUUUUGCCGAUUACCAACGCCUUCAAUUGUAAACGAGACACCAAGAUAAUAAGUCUUGUCGGACUUGUAGUGAUGGUCAUUUUCGGUGGACUGCAAUUUUUCGCAUGGUUUUCCCUCUUCCCUACACACCUAGAGCAAGGUGAGUACGCUCAUCAUCACUGGCUUACCUUUGUUUGUUGUCCCGUGCAUGCUGCUCGUCUCUAUCGGCGUCGCCGAAACGGCGGUAGGAUUGUUCUUGUUCUUCAUUUUACCAGUGAUAUAUUUCGUUGCACGUAUAGUCUUACUGACACACAUGGUUAUUGAUUUGCGAUCGCUUCUUUCUGACGCAUACAAAGCAGUAUCUUGGAUAUAUCUCUUUCCUUAUUUGUAGCAAUCUAUACUUACUAGGAUUGUUUGCAACACCUUAGCGAUGCUCAAUUUCAAAGACGACACUAAACUC